CUAAGGAUUUUCUUGCUUGUUAAUUAGUUAUUUUAUUGUCCAUUGGAGGGAUUAAAAUAACCCCGGUCAGAGAAGGGAAGUCAGUCUCUUGAUUAUGUUUUAAGCAAGUGGGUCCAAAAAGAAAGGGGUCGUUUUACUUCUAGGAUAGCAACGACUUUAAGUGAAUGUUAUACCAACUGCCUACAGCCGGACCCGAGACCUGUUACAUGUCAAGAGAAAACUUCAUUGUGAAAUCUUAAGUUUCCGUCUUAUUUUUGUUUUCCUAUAUUCUUCGCGUUUUACAGGAAGAGCCGAGGUUAGGAUCGACUCCAUUAGCCAUGUUAGCAGCAACCUGUAACAAGAUCGGCAGUCCAAGCCCUUCGCCAUCCUCUAUUUCGGAUAGUUCCUCAUUUGGGAAAGGAUUUCAUCCCUGGAAAAGAUCUACCGCAAGCAGUUGCAAUUUGGGCUCCAGUCUCUCUAGUUUUGGGGUCUCUGCAGCGCCUCGGAACGGAGCCGGUCUGUCUGACUCAUUCGGAUCAAACAGCACCUCAGGAUCUAGUGCCUUUUCCUUGACUUCAAGCAAUUCGUCCAACUCUCCCUUUGCUAACGAGUACUCUGUUUUUCAGGCUUCUGUUUCAAACAGUUCGCAAGAGCCUAGCCACCAGCCUGUUUUUAUUUCCAAGGUCCAUACUUCAGUAGACAGCUUGCAAGGUAUAUAUCCCAGGAUGAGCGUGGCGCACCCGUACGAUUCCUGGUUCAAAUCCUCCCACCCGGGCAUACCUUCUGGAGACGUUGGUGCCACGGGCGCUUCUGCCUGGUGGGAUGUGGGCGCAGGAUGGAUUGAUGUGCAAAACCCCAACGGGGCAACACUGCAGAGUUCCUUGCACUCCGGUGGACUCCAGACUUCCCUCCACUCUCCGUUGGGAAGCUACAACUCAGAUUAUUCUGGCUUGAGUCACUCUGCUUUCAGCACCAGCGCUUCUCCUCAUCUCCUAACUACCGGUCAGCACCUGAUGGACGGAUUUAAACCCGUUUUGCCAACUGCUUACCCAGACUCUAGCCCCUCGCCGUUAGUAGGUGCGGGGUGCACCAUGUUGGCGGGAGGUCCCACCUCUGCUCUGGCUGGAUCUCCGCGAUCCUCAGCCCGCCGUUACUCAGGCAGAGCCACCUGUGAUUGCCCGAACUGUCAAGAGGCAGAGAGACUGGGGCCAGCCGGGGCGAGCCUCCGAAGGAAAGGCCUGCACAGCUGUCAUAUUCCCGGCUGCGGUAAGGUAUACGGCAAAACAUCCCAUCUCAAAGCGCACUUGAGAUGGCAUACAGGGGAAAGACCUUUCGUCUGCAACUGGCUCUUUUGCGGAAAGCGAUUCACGAGAUCUGACGAGCUCCAGCGACACCUGCGCACCCACACCGGAGAGAAGAGGUUUGCCUGUCCAGUCUGCAACAAACGAUUCAUGCGAAGCGACCACCUAAGCAAACAUGUCAAAACCCAUAGCGCCGGAGGAGGGGGGUCUGUCGGGUCAGGCUCCGGGGGCAGCGGGGGGAAAAAGGGAAGUGAUACUGACAGCGAGCAUAGUACCCCAGGCAGCCCACGCUGCCAUUCACCAGACAUGAUACAGACCCCAGAUUCGGUCCAGGCAUCAGGAAUGAACGGCCACAAUAACUCCAUUGAAUAAAUGGGGGGAGACUAAAUGAAAAAUACUUGAAUGACCCUUGUAUAAAAGAUGUACAUCUAAGUUGAAAAGUAAGAGUUGUAUUCACGGACAGACUGAGGGAUUUGAUGAGAAAAAAAUGCCACUAGGUUGUAAUUUAGUCCCAGAAAUGUGGUAAUAAUAAUAAUAAUAAUAAUAAUAAUAAUAAUAAUAAUAAUAAUAAUAAUAAUAAUAAUAAUAAUAAUAAUGCAACAGUUUGAAGGACGCUUUAGCUAAAUAACAUGGUGGUAGGUAAAGAAUAUAAAAUAAAAAUAAAUGUUAUAGUUUAUAUGGGUUAGAAUUCCACGUUUAUACGCUGCUUUAUAACCUAAAAGAACAUGUGCUUAGAUUAAAAAAUAGAAAAAAAUCAUACCGUGGGAAAAGAUACCUGUUGAUUAAGUAUGACAAUGGCAUGGUCUUGCUAAACUUAUUUUUUAAAACAUAGUAUAACCAUUUAUUUAAAAAGUAAACAAAAUGACCGCUUAUUAAGCUUUUGAUUUCAUCAUGUUUUCUUUUGUAUAACAUUAACCCGAGGAGAGGGACUUUCUUACACUGUGCAACAUUUUUCACUUAUAUACGAUACAGAAUGCGUUUACUGAUUUGUCUUUGUCUACCGUUCAUUUCAUAGCAUAACAAGUAGUGUAUUUGUUUACUAAAGAGCCUAUGUGUCAUUUUUUGCUCAUGUAUUUUCCAUACUUUGGGUAUACGCGUUUGGUUAAUUACAACAUAUUAAGCAAGGAUAAGUUUCUGCACUAAGAAUGUAAAAGUGGAAACUGUUCUAGAAUAGUACAUUAUUAAACAGCGGCAUUGUAAAGGUGUGACAUGUAUGUGUCCAGGAGGCGAUUUUUGUAUUUUCUUGUAAAUUGCGUCUAGUUGAUAUUUGAAAAUAUAUUGGGUAUUUUUUGUGUGUGUGUGUCAAUAACAGAAAUUGACAAACAAAGUUAUUGUUACAAUCCUAGUUAACUAUAAUUUGGACUUGAAUCUAGAUGUGCAUAUCAAGACGCACGUUGAGGAUUUAUUUCUUGAUUAUAAGUAUAGAACAUACAGAAAUGUAAUAAGCAGACAUAAUUGGUAAAUGUUGAAUGGCAUUUUUAUUUAAUUGAGCACGUGUCUACUUAUUAAAUAUGCGGGCAGUCCAGAUAUAGUUUGAGAUUUCUCUCAUAUUUCAUAAUAAUCGUGCUUUUAAUAUCAAGCUCUGAUAAUAAAGUCAAAUUGAAUCUAAACAAACAGUCUCGGGUUAUUUUCCUUCAUUUCUGAAUAUUUGUAAAUUAAAGACCAAACGUGUGUAACAAUUGCAAUAAUUUAACUAUUAUGA